CGUAAAAAAAAUAUCGGAAAGAAAUAAAAAGUUCAAGGAAGUGUUGUUUGAAUAAAUAAAAAGGUGAAUAAAGUGAGCAUUGGAGUUGCCUGGUGGGCAUGGCCCACUGCCCGCCGAGAAUCCGCUGGAGCGUCCGAACGAGAAGCUGCCAUUGACCUCUUAAUCGAAUUAAGUGAAUAAUUUUAGAAGCCACAAGUUAUACGACUCAUUCGUUGCUGGCGGCGGCUCUCCGUUCUACAAUCUCCCGCAUCCCGUAUCCAUUUCUCAAUUCUCCGGUUCUCAAGUCUCGCCGCCAGCAAAUGAACUCGCGUUCGAACUCCGCGACAAAAGAAAAUGCAUUUUAAGUGAAUUUCCUGUGCGCUGAAAGCAAUUACGCAUCUGAUACCAGCUCUACAAAAAAAAAAAACAAAAGAAAAGCCUCCGGCAAAAAGCAAGCUGCGAUGGCCACCACACCAACCACUGGAUCAAAAGCUCCUCCAACUUCAACGCCGCAGAACUACAAGGUGCCAUCGACCAGCAAGAUAUCCGUGGACAAGCUCCUGCGAGUUGGAUACUAUGAGCUGGAGAAGACCAUCGGCAAGGGCAACUUUGCCGUGGUCAAGUUGGCCACGAACAUCGUGACCAAGACAAAGGUGGCCAUCAAGAUCAUAGACAAAACAUGCCUGAACGAGGAGUACCUGAGCAAGACCUUCCGCGAGAUCUCCAUCCUGAAGUCCCUGCGCCAUCCGCACAUCACUCGAUUGUACGAGGUGAUGGAGUCGCAGUCGAUGAUCUACCUGGUCACUGAGUACGCGCCAAAUGGGGAGAUCUUCGAUCACCUGGUGGCCAAUGGACGGAUGAAGGAACCCGAAGCGGCACGCGUCUUCACCCAACUCGUCUCGGCCGUCCACUACUGCCAUCUGCGGGGGGUGGUGCACCGCGAUCUCAAGGCCGAGAAUGUCCUGCUUGACAAGGAUAUGAAUAUCAAGCUUGCAGACUUUGGCUUCAGUAAUCAUUACGAGGAGGGUGCCACCUUGCGAACCUGGUGUGGAUCCCCGCCUUAUGCCGCCCCAGAGGUUUUCCAAGGCUUGGAGUACGAUGGACCCAAGUCGGAUAUCUGGAGUUUAGGCGUUGUGCUGUACGCUUUGGUCUGCGGAGCAUUACCCUUCGAUGGAAAGACCAUCCUGGAGCUAAAAAGUCGCGUGGUGUUGGGCAAAUUCCGCAUUCCCUUCUUUAUGUCACAGGAAUGCGAGCAACUUAUCCGCAAUAUGCUCGUGGUGGAACCUGAUCGUCGGUACACUAUAAAACAGAUCAUCAAGCACCGCUGGCUGAGCGAAUGGCAGUCGGAGAUGCAGGAGGAGGAGCGCUUCGAAUCCAUGUCCUAUGCCUGCGGAUCGGGAAAUGUGUCCAAAUCCGCUUCCACAUCCUCGCUGGGCAGCGUGGCGGACUCACCGCCGCAGCUGGACUCGGUGGUGAUGACGCACAUGCUCCAGCUGCCCGGCUUGACGGCCGACAUGAUUGCGCAGUCGGUGCACGAGCAGAGAUUCGACAACAUCUACGCCAUUUACAACCUGCUGCAGGAUAAGCUGCAGCAAAGGCGGCGCGAAAACCAAAGACUGCAGCACCACGCCAGUUUGGCCUACUCCCGAUCCCGCAAGACGAGCAUCACGACGGGCGUGGUGGAUCGCUCGGAGCCCGUUAAGCAGGAAUCUCUGGACCGCCUAAGUCCGCUGAGCAACGCCAAUGCCUCCACUUCGGCGUUGGGCUUUGGCUGGUCCGACGUCGCCGUGGAUCUGGAGAAGUUUGGUGACCUGGAGCUCGAAUGCCUGGCGCGAUCGAAUGAGCCACCUCUUAAUCCGCAAAACUUGAGCGCCCAAACUGGCGGAGGUAUUAGCGGUGCGAAUACGCGACGGCAUACAGUGGGACCUGGCGAUGUGGCCCACGAACAGGCGCUGGCCAAUCCCCAUGUACCGCCCAUCGACUUCAAGUGUCCGCCGCAGUGCAGCGAUCCCACACAGCCGGUUCCCUACUAUCCGGUUAAUCUGCCAAUGCUGCAGAAUCUGCCACUGCAAAAUCUCACCACCAAGGAUCAACAUUUGCUCAAGCCACCCGUGGUCAUGGGAAACAGCUCAUUUGGUCGUCGUGCUUCGGAUGGCGGGGCGAAUCUUCAUAUUUAUUAUCCCGCCACGGGCACCGUUGUGGGCCCAGCUCAGGGUCAGCAGAUGGACACGGCCGGCUACUAUAUCAAUCCCAAUUGUGGCACGGAUCCCUUGGCUGUGCAGGAGUUGUCACCGCUCAACGAACAGGCGCAGAUGCAGUGCUGCCAGGAGAAUGUCACCGGCGAAGGCAGCGAUGAGCUAAAGAGCUAUAUGCAAAACAGGGGAUUUACCCAACGUCAUACGGUUGGCUGCACGGAGGAUCUCUCGGUAACACAUGGCCCUGGGCCAGGAUCACAAUCCCAGACGCCGACGACGUCCUCCAACAUGCGACAGCGUCGAACGGGUCUGCUCUUGGUCACCGAAAGGCCGCCAGAGUUUUCCCCCGAGGUGAUUCGCGAGGUUGAGUCUCGCAUGAACCGCGACUAUCUGCCACCCACCCUGAAAGUUCUUAGCCAUUCGCCGCCAAAUGGUACAUACCCGGUGGGCGGGGCCCUGUCGAAGGGCGUGUCGCCGCCCCACUCACUGACCUUGGUGGCAUCCGCCGGCGGCUCCCUGCCCCUGGUGGCCACCAGCAAUCGGCGCAUCCAUCGCGUUGUCCACUCGAAAUUGCCCACCGUUCAGGAGGGUGCGACAAUAGGACGUUACAGUCCAGUGCGUCGGGCCUCGGAAGGAUCAAAGAGUCAGUUCCAAGGACCGCUGCAGGAGUGCCAAUCCCUGCAAAAGGAUAUUGCGCAGAGAAACUUUUUGGUUGCACCGAGUCCGCCGCUAUUAGAAAAUUCGAUUAGUUUGCCAGGUUCUCCCAUACAUGGCAAACCCGGCGUGGGAUUGCAGCUGGCUCUGCGGCGUGGCCAUGACAUUGAAGUUCCUCCGGAGGCGAUCAAGAAUCUGAUGCCCGCUUUGGACCGAUUGGUGAAGGAGCAGCGCGUCAGCUUCGAAAUAGCCAACAAGAUAAUCUCAACGCAUGUGGUGCCGAUGGAUUUGGCGCCACUUCUGGGACUGGCGGCUCAUGCUUCGAGUGCGGCGGCGGUGAGCGGCGGCCACCUGGAUCAGAGUCACCUGUUGCAGCUGCAGCAGCAGCAGCAGCAACAGCACAUGCUCAGCUUCAGUGUCUCGCCACUGAGUUUGCCGCAGGGUGGAGCCGUGAAUGCCUCACUGACCUCCGCCAAGCAGAUGUUCGGCCAACCGAUCUGUGGCUACCAGCAAUAUCAACCGAUGACCUUGGCCCUUCAGCCGCAGCAUCAACAGCAGCUGGUGGGUCAGUUUAGCAGCAUCAAUCUGGGUGCCAGCAACUCGAAUUCAAGCAGCGGCUGCCAGUCGCCCGUUUACAGUAGCAGCUUCAGUGGCAGUUGCUCCCCGAAUCCCUACCUGCCGUGCGGUGGGUCCUCUCCCCUCCACCAGAUCACCAAGGGAAUCUCCGGAUUGAGCACUGGCGGAGCUGGUGGUUCGAUCACUCGUGGCACUUCAGCUGCCAGCGAAGGAGCAGCUGCUGCCGCUGCUAAUCAACCACUCGACCUUUCCAUGGAUGUUUGUGGUGGUGUAAUAAAUCAAGACUAUGCAGCAAACAAUCGGUUUAUGCCCAAUGCUUCGUAUUACGACUUGAAACCGCUCAAUCUGUCGCCAGCGCAACCGGUGCGGGUUGUGCCGACGCCACCAGCUUCACCCAACUUGUGCAUCAUCCAAGAGGAGAAUGGAAAUGGGCAGAUGUGCCACACCAUCAGCACGGGCACUCCGUACGCCGGAUGCACCGGAGGCAUAACGCCCCAAAUAUGUCUUACCGAUGUCCAGGGCAGCGAGAUUACAUUGGUGGCUUUGUCCUCGGACAACAGCCGUGAUAGUGAGGAUUCCCUGGAACAGCAUACUCCUGUGAUGUCGCUGCAGGGUCUGAUUAUUACGGAACCCAGCAGCGAUAUGCCCUCGAUUACCAGGGGAAUUGGCCGUAAAGCCAGUCUGGACUGCGAAACGAGUGGCGCAAGUCAUUGUCCAUCAGGAAGUAGUUCCGCCCAUCCAUCGCAAACCCAGUCCCAAUGCCAUGCUCAAACCGAAGCUCAAUGCCGGCGGGGAAGCGACAAAUCGCUGGGCUUUUCGGACGACUCGCUCAGCAACGACUCGAAUAACCUGUCGCCCUGCCAGGAACCAUCGGCCAGCUCCGGUUUCAAGUCGGACUCCCACUCCGAAAUGGGCGAUCACACGGAGUGCGGCCAUCUGACACCCGAUUCCAUAUGCGAUUCGCGACGCAUGUCGGAUGAAAUGUGCUACGAGGUUCCGCUGCCACAUGAGUGCUCCAACCUGGACUCCACCCGCAUCCUGGAGAUGGUGAAGCAAACGAUUGACUCGACCAUGCCACCCAAGGGCUUUGUGCUGCACAAGGGAAGCAUAAGUUCGGAGGAUAGUGGGGCUGAAUCGCGCCACAGCAGCGCUUCGAAUGCGUCCAGCUCGAAUCCUUUGGCCUGCGAGGCGGCCUCUCUUCUGGCCUCACACUCUGGCUACGGCGAGCCGACCACCAAUCUCAGCCUGGAGUACUCGGGCGGCCUGCAGAUCGAACUGCAGGUGUGCGAGGGACGCAGCCGGGAUCACCAUGGAGCCGGCAAGGGUAUCAAGCUGCGACGCAUUUCCGGGGACCAGUUCGAGUACGGAAAGAUCUGCCAGCAGUUGAUCAGCACCAUCACCAUGCAACAGGUGGCGGGCUAAAUGAAGGAGCAAUCCUCGAGCUGCUCUGGCUACCCAAAAGUGACUACUCGCCUUGCCCAAACUCUGCGUAGCUGUGAUCAAAGCCGAUAUGUACGAUAUAGCCAUCAUAUAACUAUAGCAAUUGGACAUGAAUUAGCUUCCAAUUUCCUAACAAAGUUUAUCCCUUUCUCCCGUUUUUCGACUUCAGUAGCGUAAUCAAAAUUUUAAAAAUCAAUUAUAGACACUUUUCAAUUGUUCGUCGACCACACCGGUUCUUAGGUAGUUAAAUUCAAAACGGAUCGUGUAUAUACGGGUAGAGUUAUUUCAAAUAUUCGCAAACAUAUUAUAUAUAUUAACGAAUUACGCACAUGCCAACAUAGUUUAGAGAAUUUGUAAUACAAAUUGGGUGGCGAAAGGUUUUUCAGCAACAGGAGAAAGUAAAAUACAUUCCAGUAGCAGAAAUUUCAUACAAAGGAAACCAACGUUCGUUCUAGCCGUAAAUAUUAUCAAUAUUUAGAACUAAACUUUAUAUAUAAAUGUAUACCGACUAAUGUUACUUUCGACUUUUGUGCAAUUCGUAAACGAGAUAAAAGUGUUUAUUCUGUCAACUCAGUUCAAUGACGAUACGUACAUCUAUAUCUGCACGAGAUAUAGAUAACCUAAGUGUUAAUAUAUAGGUGAUUACUAAAUCCGUAGUUAGUUUGCAGUGGCAAUUAGUAGCUCCGAUAAGUGGUAAGCUCUUGAUUCCGUUAAAUUUUAAACAUUUUUAUAAAUGUAGUGAAAGUUUGUUCAGUUAUUAUACACACACGAUCUAUGGUUAGAGUUAUAUUCUACGGAUUAAACACAACAUUGAUAAAUCUAUUUUUUAAUGAAAGACUGCUGUGAUUUUAAAUGUAAUUAAUUAAUUUAAAGCGAAUGAAGUAGGAAGGAAACAAAGAAGAGAAACAAACAAAAACUACAAACAAACUUGAAACCAAUUAGUUAUAUCAUUAUAUAAAUAAAUAAUUCAACUUUAUCUUAAAUAAAUUACCAAUUCUCCAAACAUUAA